CAGAGGAAAGAUGGAGGAGUUUUCCCGCUGCGUGACGGAGGCCGGCGGCUGGCUGAGGAGCUGCUGCUGCUGCCAGGAGGAGGAGGAGGAAGAUGAAGGACCAGAGGAGGAGGAGGAACAUCCCAGGAGCUGCACGAACUGGACCUCCAUCCCGCCUUCUGUGGUGGAACAUGAAGCUCCUGGCCCGUCUGGGCCUCAGCCUUACUGGUUCCACACGCUGCAGGUCCGACGGCUCAGGAUUCCAAGAGGACGAAGCAACAGUGACCCACUAAGAGCAGCGACUGCGCAGGAAGUCUUCACCUGGAAAGCCGGUCUGGAGUUCGGAGCGGCCCAGUCGUACCUGAGUCUGGAGAAGCUGGGAGAAGGAGCUUUCGCCUCCGUCUACAAGGGUAUAAGCAGGAUCAACGGCCAGCUGGUGGCUCUGAAGGUGAUCCGUAUGAAGACAGACGAGGGGAUCCCGUUCACCGCCAUCAGAGAAGCCUCUCUCUUAAAGCAUCUGAAACACGCCAACAUUGUCCUCCUGCAUGACAUCAUCCACACCAGAGAGACGCUCACCUUCGUCUUUGAAUAUGUGCAGACAGAUCUGGCCCAGUACAUGACGCAGCACCCCGGAGGACUUCAUUCGCACAACGUGCGGAUCUUCAUGUUCCAGCUGCUGCGCGCCCUCAGCUACAUCCACAGUCGCAGGAUCCUUCACCGAGACCUGAAGCCCCACAACCUGCUCAUCAGCUACCUGGGAGAACUCAAGGUGGCGGACUUCGGUCUCUGCUGUGCUUUUAACCCUGAGAGACUCCAUGGUGCAGGGCUGGCCCGGUCCAAGUCCAUUCCUGCCCAGAACUUCUCCUCAGAGGUGGUGACGCUGUGCUAUCGCCCCCCCGACGUUCUGAUGGGAUCCAUCCACUAUUCUACGGCCCUGGACAUGUGGGGGGCGGGCUGCAUCUUCAUAGAGAUGCUGCAGGGAGCGCCAGCGUUCGCAGGAGGUUCUGAUGAGCUGGAGCAGCUGCAGAACAUCUGGACGGUUCUGGGCGUCCCGUCAGAGGACAGCUGGCCCGGGGUCAGUCUGCUGCCUAAUUACACACCAGAGCGCUUCAUUCACUGCAGGCCGAAGCUUUUUAGAGAUGUCUGGAAAAGGUUGGAUCAGCUCUCCUGUAGGACUGAUGACCUGGUCCAGAAGAUGCUCAGGCUGGUUCCGACAGAACGGAUUUCAGCCCAGGAGGCUUUGCAGCAUCCAUAUUUUAGCACGCUUCCUGCUCCCAUCAUGCACCUCAGAGACUCUGUGUCCAUCUUCAAAGUUCCUGGCGUUCGCCUGGAGACAGAGUUCAGAGACAUCUUGAACCCCGGACGGAAACUGAAGUCAGCCCGGCUUCCUGCCGCCGGCUGUUGGUGAUCAAACCACAAAUCAGAUCAACUCGACCUGACAAGACGAGGAAAGGGGCAAACCAACCCCUUAGGUAGACGGAUUCAUAAACUAGGGAUGGAUUUCUGAUGCACUGGUCCAGGGCAGCUGCAGCUAUGAUGCAGUGGAGUCCUCUGGACUUGAUCAACACUGCAGAAUGUUUUGCAGAGAACCUAAAUAAAACGUUGAGCGUCUCAGCGGGUGUGGUCCUGCCUGAAUCAACAUGAAUCCAGAGACUCUUUCUGCUCCUCCAGAAACAGGUUCUGGUCCACAGGGCGUAACCGUUUCUGUUUUGUUUCAGGUUACAACACGUCUCCAUCUGUCUGCUUCAGGCUCUCAGAGCGUUACCUGGAAGGAAAUCCACCAGUCAGGUUCUGUUGGAGGAGAGGAGCUGCUCUGUGAAACUCACUUCUGCCUGACCAUUGAUGUUGUGACCAAGAGCCAGAAGCUGCAACUGCUGAGAUGUUUAUACAUUUAUGUAUAUUUGUUUUGUACAUUUGAUUUCCAAAGAAAUUAAAAGAAAAACAUCCAGACCUCUGGAA